ACUUUCAGUCUAGGGCGAAGAAGGAAGAGAGCGCGCAGAUUGGGAGGAUAGAAGAGAGCUUAGAAGGGUAAUGUUGCGUGCCUUGAGGCAGGUGGUAGGAACCUGUGUGGCAUUGCUCCUUAUGGUGUUUUUUUUUUGUUUCUAGAAUUUCAUUUUUUCAAGAAAAUGAGCCUAUUUAUUGAAUUGAAUCCAAUUUAGAGUACUAGGAACUUCAAGUAAAUACAAAUGUGGUAAAACUGUAAAGAAGGAUAUUUCUUAUUGGGUCAUGAAGUCAAUUUAGUGGAUUAAGAUUAGUAUUUUUUCAAAAAUGAUAUGGAAUAGAUACUCGCAGAAGGCAUUUAUGUAGAAAUGGUAAGUAAUUUCGUGGAACUUUAAUUUAUGUAUGCAGAUGUUUCUGCGUGCUCAUAUGGAUGUGAUGUAAAGGUCUGGUAUGAAACACCUUUGUAAGCAGUACGGAUCCAUUAAAUAGACUUUUAUAGGUAAAAUGUAUUUUAUAACUUAGAAACAAUUUCAAUAAUAUUUAAGAUGAGAGCAGAAUUGUAGAAAUGCUGAUGAGCCUAAUGCUUUUCUCUUUCUGUAUUUAAGCAACUGGAAGCCAUAUGUGUCAAGGUAACAUCUGGAGAAAUGAAAGGUCAGCAAAGGCCAGUGCCCCCACUGGCCACCAUCCAGCCCAAGCCAGCCAGGCUGAGCCAGCUGCCCGCGAGGCCUUCCAGGGUGACGGGGUUCCGGGUGCAGCCCGUGCUGAGCACCGGGCCCCAGCCGCGCUUCCUGAGCAGCUCAUCCCCCAUUCAGGUGUUUGUGCAGAGGCCCCUGCCCGCCCUCCAGCCCCUGGCUCCAAAUGGACAGGGUGCCCCGCCGGUCCCCUUGUCCGCUUCUCACCCACCAGCAGCAACAUCUGUGUCAUCCAGUUCAGCAAAUUUAUUUAUUUCCAGCUUGCACACAAAACACACUGAGAAACUAAAAAAGUCCUUAAAAGUGAAAACACGUUCUGGACGGAUAUCUCGACCUCCCAAGUAUAAAGCUAAAGAUUAUAAAUUCAUAAAAACGGAGGAUUUGGCUGACGGUCACUUGUCAGAUUCUGACGAUUACUCAGAACUGAGUGUGGAAGAAGAUGAAGAACAGAGGGAAAAGCAGGUGCUCUUUGACUUGUCCAGCUGCUCCCUGAGGCCCAAGAGUUUUAAGUGUCAGACGUGUGAAAAAUCCUACAUUGGGAAGGGGGGCCUGGCCAGGCAUCUUAAACUGAAUCCAGGCCACGGCCAGCUGGAGCCUGAAGAGUUGCUGUCUGAGAAAGCCAACGGGAGCGCGACUCGAGGCUGCGCGGAGGGCAGGACCGCCAGCCUGACGUCACCGGGGCCGUCCACACCAGCCCUUCUACGUGAGCACGGGGCCCAGUCUCCACGGGCUGGCCUGCAGAAUAGCCAGUCUCUAGAAGUUGAAGAGGCCUUGGUAUCCGAACUAGAAAACGGAAGUUAUUCAGCCCUUUUGGGAUCAGAGGGACACCCAGGCCCUAGAAGGAGUGACUCGUCCACAGCCCCGGCGGAGGCCAGCACAGCCGUCCUGGGGCGGAGCGGAGCGGCUCACCCGCCUGGGGGUGCCCGUGCGGCAGGCGCGCAGAGCCCUUCGAGGGCUAGAGCCAGGCUCAAGGAGUUUCUGCACCAGUGUGACCGAGACGCUCUAGUGGAGUUGGCGCUGCCUCAGCUGGCUCAGGUUGUGACCGUGUACGAGUUUCUGCUGAUGAAGGUUGAAACAGGUCAUCUAGCAAAACCUUUGUUCCCAGCUGUGUAUAAGGAAUUUGAAGAGUUGCAUAAAAUGGUUAAGAAAAUGUGUCAAGAUUACCUCAGUGGUUCUGGUCUGUGUUCCCAGGAGCCUCUGGAAAUAAGCAACAAUAAGGUGGCCGAGUCUUUGGGAAUCACAGAAUUCCUGAGGAAAGCAGAGGCACACCCAGAGUGCGGCCCAGCCGAGCGCACCAGCGGGCGGCCGGGCCGGGCCGAGCUGGACGAAGCCAGCCAGCAGAAGCGGGGAAACGAGACUGCAGAGGAGGGCCUGGCCUGGGUGAAGAGGACCAGAAGAGACGCCCCGCCCCGGGACACCCCUGAGCCUUCUGCCGACCGCGGAGGCCCGCAGAAGCCUGCCCCCUGCGCCCCAGCCGCCAGUGAGGGUUGUGCCCGUCAUGUAAGUGGGAACACCGCUCACCACUCUGAAGAAAGCCACACGAUGCCGGUUUCUGAGAGUGACAGAAGCGUGUUGCAUGCAGGCCAGCAGCUUAAAGCACUUGCUGACUUAGAGGCCAGGAGUGGGUCUGUAGCUCCUGCUUUCUCGUAUCAGCAUGUCAGUGGGCCGAGCCUUUGUCCUCAGUCAGGAGAGCCCGGGACGCGGACGCAGGGACAGGUGGCAGCAUUCCCUGAGGAGAAUGUUCUGGAACACUCUGUAGCCUGGAACUCGGGGGACAACCGGAGGAGCCGGGCUCUCUGCAGCACCUUGACGUCCACUGGAGGAGAGGACUCCCUGCCGCCUUCUGGGUCUGGAAACCUCGAGAUGCAGGACUCCCAGCAGAAAGGCCAGCAGACCAGCCCCAGCCACAUCCCGCUUACAGAGGAUGCAGGCCCUCGGCUGGUGAGGGUUUUGUCCGUGGACACGGUGCCGGCUGACUGCGCGCACAGGACCGUGCGGGAGCUGGGGCCUCAGCUGGGCCAGGCGGGGUCGCUCUCCACUGAUGGGGGUCAGGGAAGCUGUGUGGGGGACUCGGACGCCUUCCCCAGCGGGCCCGAGGCCCAUGCUGACCCGCGAGGACUGGCGAGUAUUGUUGCUGUUGGUGAAGCCGUGGCUUUUGAAAUUACCAACGGGUGCCACGAGUUGUCGUCUCAGGGACAAGAACCGCUAUUUAUUCAGACCUCCGAUGGGCUGAUCUUGCCCCAUCCGGGUUCCCUAGUGCCUGGGGACGGGGACCUCGUCCUGGUGGCUGGUGAGGAGGGGUCCACCGUGCACACAGGACCCCGGGAAGGGGCUCCCCAGGAAAGUACAGAGGCAGAGGCCGCACAGUGAAGUCAGACUGCGGUCCCGGACACGUGGGUAUUUUAGCCAGAGAAGGUCUAUUGGAAGUCAUGUAUAUUUUUUUAUUGUGAAUACUGACACAAACGAACGUCUUAUUUAUAAAGGAUAACGUCUUUCUACUUGACUGUCUCCCUUCUUCUCACGUGUCUUGCUUGCUUUCGUACUGAUGGCCGAGCCGCCGCCCGGCACUGGAUUUGGCUGAGGAGCUAGUCCUUAGAGGCCCCUGACGACCGCCACGGUUAAAUCCACCACACUCUUCCUCGUCGGCCCUGCUCCCCCAAAACUGUGUCCCCUUACCUCCUGGGUGACCUGCUGCUUUUCCACCAUAUCUGGGUUUAGGAAGUAAAUAACCAAGUGGACCGCCCUGGGCAGCACUGGGAAGUAGGAAAGAAAGUCGUACCUGCUCGCAUGUCAUGUCAUGGAUGCGGGAAGCGGGACCCACGAGGGCUGCGGCAGGGUGCCGCUGAGCGCAGAGCCCCGGUCCUCCGGUGCCUCCCCUGCAGAGCUGCCUGUUGAUGUCUCUUCUCU